CUCCCAGCUCUCCAAAUAAUGAAUCACGGUUUCAAUGUUCCGUGAUAGAACCUGAGAAGCAAGUCUAAAGCUCUCUGCUCGAGAACCCCCCUAAUUGUGCACCGUUAUUUUUUCACGAUGCACCACUCUCAACUAGCGCCACUGCCUAUCGACCUGCCCUUUCGAAUCGUCUCGAAGACCUUUGGUCAAGGCGCUUAUGCGAGUUUGAAAAAAGCCUGCCCUUUGAACGCCGAUAACCCUGUGUUCGCCGUGAAAUUCAUCAACAAAGACUACGCCGCUCGCCAUGGUAAGAUUAGCCCGCGACAACUGCUGAUGGAAGCGACUGUGCACAAGCACAUCGGAGAUCAUAAUAACAUUAUCUCGUUCUUCCAGACCGGCGAGGAUGGCGCGUGGCGAUGGAUUGCCAUGGAAUUGGCCGAAGGCGGGGAUCUCUUCGACAAAAUCGAAGCGGACGAGGGCGUCGGCGAGGAUAUUGGCCAUGUAUACUUUUCUCAACUUGUCAGUGCCGUAGGGUACAUGCAUUCGAAAGGUGUAGGGCAUCGUGACAUCAAACCGGAAAAUAUUCUCUUAACUGCAGACGGAAAUCUGAAGAUCGCUGAUUUCGGGCUGGCAACACUCUUCGAAUACAAGGGGGGUACGAAACUGUCCACAACCUUUUGUGGAAGCCCUCCCUAUAUUGCCCCGGAGGUUAUCACCUGCAGCACACGCAGUCAAGUCAGGGGCUCAGGAUAUCGGCCAGACUUGGCAGAUAUCUGGUCUUGUGGGAUUGUGCUCUUUGUCCUGCUCGCUGGAAAUACACCUUGGGACAGCCCUACCGAGGACAGCUACGAGUUUCACGAGUAUGUGACGACAAAUGCACGAACGUCAGAUGAGCUAUGGCGAAAACUUCCUACUGCAACUCUGUCACUUCUCCGCGGCAUGUUGAACAUCGAUCCUGCCAACCGAUUCUCCCUUGAAGAUGUACGAAGACAUCCGUGGUUCACGCGACAGAACAAAUAUUUAGCCCCAGACGGCAGGCUGAGGGACCCCAUUAAAGUAGCUACGUCUAUGUUUGAAUCUCUACAUAUCGAUCUGUCUCAAACCCCUAUUACCCGAGCUCUGAACGGAAGUAGUUUCAACGUGGACCGUAUGGACGUGGACAUAGGCGACAGCUUGGGCGCAGAACAUAGAAUCUCAUCCACCCAGCCUGAAGUUCCAAGAGGCGACAUGCUGAUAGACUGGGACGCGCCUCAUCUCACAGAUGUCUUCUCAUCCAGCCAGCCAAUGGGCAAACCCUUCUCCUCAGCGGACGCCCAAACAUCAGAUAUAUUAGAAGACGAACCGUCCAUGUCCCAAUUCUCUCCUCAUCCUUCCGUGCCUCUGAGCCGUACCCAAAACGCCCAGCGCUUCCACGACAUUGUCCCGUCUCGAUCUAUGGCCCGCUUCUUCUCAACCUGGGAGCUGAAGCUCCUUGUCCCUCUCAUCUGCGAAGCGCUGCAUCGUCUUGGCGUACCUGUUCCCACUGUUCCGGCAAUUUCGCCGGGCGACGACUCCGCCAUGAUUCGAAUCAUCACCCGAGAUGGAAGAAUGUGUCCUUUGCACGGAAAGGUCAUGAUCGAGUGUGUCUCCGAGGGAUUGUUCGAGAUUGAGUUUACCAAGGGCAAGGGAGACCCGCUUGAAUGGCGCCGAUUCUUUAAGAAGGUGGUACUGCUUUGUAAAGAUGCAGUGUACACACCUGAUGCUUAACCUGGGCAUUUCCUCUGCCUUUUGUUCUUCCUCUGUCUUCCUUUAUUAUCUUGAUUUUGUCUAUGAAAAACUGGAUUGUUGUUAUGCCCCUGUUAUGUACGAAUAAUGCCAUCUAUAAUUGAUAAUGCUUCACU